AUAAAUUCAUCGGAUUUUAGAAGUAAAGUGUAGGCGCGCUAAACCACGCUGUAGAAAGCAUGAAGAAUCAGUAUUUCGAACAAGACGUGAGGUUCAUGUCGAGAAAAGUCUCUUUGCUGUUGGUUUUGUCAUUUACUUUGUUUCAAGGUAAGGAGAUUGAUUGAACAACUAAAAUUGUUCUGUUUAUUUAUCUAGCAGUUCCUUUUCUUCAUGUGUUUCUUUGUAUGCUUAGCAGUUCUAAGACGUAUCACUUGAUAAAAUAAUUUUUCGAGGAAAUAUUCUUUUACUUUUUCGUUCAAUUUAACGUGAAAAUCUUGUCGACCUUGAUAAAGAGUUGUGUUCCAAUCUCUAUCAAGGAGUAAAAUUGUUUUCAGCAUGGAAACUCUGUUACUCAUACCAAAUUUAAUAUGAAAAGGGUCUGGUAAUUGUGAAUAAGUGCCAGUUAGAGAUCUCGCAACCUUCGUCAUUUUCAAGUUGUGGCGUCAGAUUCGGCAAAGCGUAAUGUCCCCCUUUACUGUUUCCGAGCGCCUAAGAAAUGUGUGGCUCUCCACCUCCACUUUUGCUGUAUUCUUGCGCAAUUGCCUCAGACAAUUCUUAUACAUGUUGAUUUCAUGACCAUAGCCAGAGAGAUAAAGGUAGACCCUUUUAUCUGACCUAACGGAGCAAUUUCUGGAUUCCUUGUGUCAAUUUGAUCGUGGAGUGAACGGCUAUAUGACAAUAAAUCAGUAAUUUGCAAAAGCAUAAAAAGCGCAGUUUGUAUCAAAGCUGCAUUGUAAUUUAAUUGAUCCAAAAUCUUCUUGCGCAUAUCGAAUUAUCGAAAUAAGAGAUACGUUUACUCAAGCAUCAAUUACGAAAAUUUUAUUCAUUUUGUUUUAUUCAUGUAUUUGUUUUUUGGUUUGUUUUUGUUUUGCCUAUUAAAAAUUGCGCUUUUUAUUUUCAAAGAGGAAUGUACACAUAUAGGGGGUUUCCUAAAAAACUUCUCAGAAGAAUCUCAAAAUGUGCGUGUUCAGUGGAUCAUAGUCAGUAAAAUUUCAAAUGCUGCUCUUUGUGAAAUGUAGAGAAAAGUAUUAUCUUGUAAAGCAUUGUUGACUUUCAUCGCAAGGAGAAGCACUUUUCACUUAGGUUCUUAAUUCUUCAGUUUCAUGUUGCUGUUGCUUAAUUUCACUCUUAACUUAGGGGGCACGAUUUUGCAUUUUCGAAAAACGAUUUUCGAUAGAUUUUUAGUUUAUGUGUCAACUAUCCUUUUCACCCUUUUAACCUCCCUUCCUCCCCACUCCUCUAUCCUCUUUUCCUCCCCCACAUAGAGAUUGGGCUGUAAGUCAUCCAUUCGUUUGAAAGUGAUUACAAACUCAUUUUUCUAUUGUUCUGUGAAUCAGAUGUGUCAUCUGCGCCUAGCUCGAAAUGCGAAGUAAAGGCUUCCUGUUCAGAGUCAGCCAGUUGCCAAAUCACAAAGAAUAUCACAGUAAAUCCAGGUCUCAAGAUACCACCCAACUGUGCCAUCAACGUGAGAAGAAAGGGAAACAUCCACACCUGGCAGCAAGCAAAACAGCAAAUUGGUGAAAGCAAGGGCUCAUUGGAUUUGGUCUUACAAGAAAAGGGGAAAUCAAAGAAUGGGAAGUAUAUCUGCCAGUGCACCGCUGUACAUUUUACACGUAAGCAGCUCCUCAUUUAUUUGACUUGGCUGAAACUGUUCUCAGCCCCCACUGGGGCCUUGUUCCUGUCUCAUUUGUAUUUAUCGUUGUUCGACUCUCAUUAAAAAAAAGAACUGUAAGUUAUGCCUGCAAAUGUUUAACCACCUUUGCUGUUCGUUUGAACUAAAUAGUGCAUCUUUACAUUUAGCCAAGUGUCUCAGAAGCUUAGAGUUAUGGACAUGGCUUGAAAUGGGGUUCGUUUUGGGGAAAAGGAAGCAGCUUUGUCGAUUGCUAGUCACAUGUUAAACUACCAACCCGAUUUCAAUUUCUUGAGAAUUCAUUAGGCAAGUGUUGACACCUCAGGUGAAGUAAUAUCCUUUUUAUAUCCAGGUGCUGUUAAUCUUCUUUGGGGAAGUAGUUCCCCAAAUAUUAUAUCAAAAGACGAAAAAAAUGAACUGGAAUGCGUUUUCUCGGCUUGGCCUCUACCUGCUGUUGUCAACUGGUACAAGGAUAAGUUGCCAAAUACUAAUAGAGUGCGUUUACCGUUGAUGAACGGAACCAAAGGCAUUUAUCAAUCUCUGGAGAAGAUACGGGUCAAUGAAGAAGAAGCGAUUCGUAGUGUCCUUCGUUUCCCAUCAGGAAGCGAGGAACACGAAGGAUUCUAUACCUGUAGUGUAGUGGAUAGUAUUCAAGGCUGGUCCAGCAAUAAAUCCUAUAUGGUACAAUUAAUAUUCAUUUGUAAGUAGUCAUUUCAAUCACUUUUGUCCAACAUAGAGGCUUCAAAACCAUGAGUGUAGGCAUGAUUUAAGGACCGUUUCAUUGUUUUGAUAUGAAGCUUUUGACUAUCAGAGUUGCUAUUACACACUUUUAUGCUUUAUGAAUGAAUGGUGGUAUUCACACACAGGUAAAUCCACUCAUAUUGUAACAUUCAAUGAUAGGGGCAGGCUGCAGGCUGCUUCAAGUAAGAGCGGGCAUUCUCAAAAUGCAAGAACGUUCAUGUUUAACAAAUUUAGAUAUCUGUUGGUAAACACUGAGACGAAGAAUUUCCUUAAAUUAUCCACUGUUGCUAGCCACUGUUGUCUAUAAGAUAUGAUUGCCUCAGAAUAAUUCAUAACGAAAAAGCACUCCCAACAAAUCAAAAGGUUACCAAAGCCCCUUAAUUAUUGUUAAUGAGUUAUCAUGGUUUUAAACUUUUUUAUCGCGGAAACGCAGGUCCUCUACCACAGCCCCCCACCACUUCAACAUCUAUGGUCUCUGCAAACAAAUUUUCCAACGUAAGCCUAACAUGUUUAGUUGACAGCGACGAGACUGGCUGCCCAGAUGAGCUGCAUUGGUAUAAAAACAAUGAUCACGUUCCCUUGGCAAGCAGUAAGAAGUACAACAUAGUAGUGAAACACACACACAGCAAAUGCAAGCAGGAAUUUAUCCUGAAUAUUUUUAACGUCACUAAGGUUGAUGAAGGGAAUUACAGUUGCCAGUGGAAGUGUGAGUAUGAGGACACUACGAAAGCAUCAAUUGUCUUGAAAGUUUCUACUUGGUCAACAACAGGUAAAUAUAAAUAUGUUCAUCACUGAGUUCAGAGUGAUGAGUUAUAGGAAAAAGCCUCUGCAGCAGGCGCUAUUAGCAGUCAAAGUAUUAUGUACGGAGUUUUGAAGGUGCUGAAAGACGCACUUAUUGAAAGGAUCUCAUACUUGAACCAGAAUGUCAUUUUGUCGGGAUGUUAUUCAAACAUUAGUUGAGAAAUUAAUUACAGCAACUUUUAAUAGUUUUAUCAUAUUUACUCUGAGAACAUCAAGUUCUCCAAACGUACAUUUAUUUCAGAAGUAUUAUAGCACCAAAAUUGGAAAGCUUACGACAGAGCGACCUUUUCUUUUUUUAUCUCUCAUCCAUCCACUAAUUCAAGGGUAUCAUUUUUCUUGCUAUCUGGAGGCAAUAUUCUUGGAAAUGUCCCCGUCAUUAACUUUUUAUAAUGUACAGUUGAUAUCAAAUUAAAGCAUGAGAUCUUGCACUUUUUCAUGCUUAGUUCUCUUUCUAUUCAUAGGAGACAUUUCUUCUUCGUGAGGGUCAGGAAUAACACAGCAGGAGUUAGUCGACAACCAAGUAAAAAAAUGAAAUGGCGAAUUUUAAUUGUGAUCAAAAGCUUCAGCCUUUUUUUUUCUAUCUAUAGUAAGCUCAGUGGAUUUGAGAGUUCGAAAAAUAUCGAACUGAAUUAGCAGCAAAGCAAGCUUUCAGGCAGAAUUAAAAGUUUUCGGUUCACUUCUGGUUAAGGAGUUGCAAUUACUGACUUCACGUUUAUUGCUAAUUAACUGAAAUAUUUAAAAAGUAUGAAGAAAUUCUCAAAUUUGAAGGUCAAGUUGGUACCCCUGAGGUUCAGGCUUGCUGUAAAAGACUUGAACACAUGACUCUGAGUCCCUUUAUCGGCGCCGUAACUCUCCCUGGCCAACUAAUCCAUCGAGCCAUUUAAAAAUUGGCAAAAGUCUGAUUCUUUAUAACUGAGAGGGAUGAAUAUGUGGAAAGAAAUAUGUGAUAAUCUUGUAUUUCAGUGCUGGAAUAAAGUUGGCUAAUCAGUUGAGGAGGGG